AGUCGGCUGGAUUCGGGAGCAUCCACACCAGACAGGAUUCCAUGUCGUAAGCGGAGUCGCAUUGCUCGUACCAGCAUAGUGACUACGCCAGUGCUAAGCACCUUGGGAUGGAGUGCUAUGGGUCCCCGAGCAGCUUCUAUAGCAGCUGCAUUGCAAACAGCCUCUACUCCUGCCCGAGGCGUGUUUGCCACAUUGCAGAGUGCCGCCAUGGGGGGAUAUGGCGCUUCAGUUGUUGCUGGUGCGACUAGAUUAGUCGUUGGUGUGGCCACAUUCAUCAGAGCGGCCACGCCGAAGCCUCGCCAAGAGCGCGAAAAAGACACGCAGCGGGAGGAUAGUGGUCGAGACGACGAUGAAGAUACGUUCUAUCGGGCAGCUAAAAGGUAGUCAAAUGGCUGCUACUAGAGUCCGACUGAGCAGUUUCAAUCCGAGCGCAUCAGCAAGACCUCCCUCCAAUCUACAUCAGCUUCCUCGUUAGGUUCAACAUUGGUGUCCUGGUUCGAAAUCCUCCGCACCUGUGUAAGCAUCCUGAAUCCGACCCACAAC